CAAAUUGACGAACAUAUCCCUCAUUUCUUCGUCCUUUUCACUAUCACUCACUCUGCCUCGCCGCAUCCGCUCCUGCCAAAUUCUCACCUCCGGUGUCGCCGGCCGCCGUCUCAUCCACCGUCGGCGCGAUCUGUCUCGCCGUCGCAGCUGAGGUCUCUCUCUCUCUCGUCGCAGUUGCAGUCGUAACGAUCGUGGAACUUUAUGACUAGUAAAUUAGUUGACAUGAAGAUCCUAAGAUGAAGAUGAGAAGUCACUGUCGGCUCUGGUGGCCAAAACAGCUCUUAUCAAAUCAAGAAUCAUCCUCAAGUAUUUUACUGGGGUGGUUUAUCACUAGCUCACCAUCAUCCAUUGACAUUGUUGUAGCCUUUACUUGUAGUGAAGUCUUGCUUUCUAGUUCUUGUCCUGACAUUGAGGUAUAAAACUGGAUUUGAGUUCACCAUCCCUUGCAUGAAGUUUAAAGUAAGCUAAUGAAACGAGACUAGCAGCAAUGAAAUGAUUGAUUGUAUUUUUGUCACAACUAUUAAUUUUUGUGAUGUUAAUAAAUUUUAGAUUGUAGUCUAGGUCUUGCAAGAGUUGCCAAGUUUAAAUAGAAAUUAACCUUUUCCCUCUGAAUAGAGUGUCAAUAUCUUGAUUGACGUUAACUGAAUAUUAGGUCCAUAUGUAUACAUUUUAUGCUCAUUUAUUUGCAACUUGUGGGAAAUAAAUAUAAAUUUUAAUGGGGGAAGAAAUUGUUUUGGAUGGGCACCCAUUCACACGAAAUGGUGUAUAAUUAUUUUUUUGUGUCACACUCACACAUGAGAAUAUUGGUUAUGUGAAUUUAUGACUGUGGUGGAAAAAUCCCACUGUUAAGUCCUCUAAUGGUUCUUUCUUAGAAGUUAUCUUAUGUUAUUUCUGGAAAGGUUUAGUGUAAUGAGAAUACCUAACAUCAUGAACCACUACUCUCUAUUAGGGGAUCGUUUAUGAAACGCAUGGAAGCAUGCCCACGAUUCUUCAGGAUAAGUCCAAGUUCUCUGUAGUUGGUCUAUGUAUCACUGACCCCACUGGUAAUAGUUUGAUGGCUAAAACAAAGGAUGACGAAAUUUUUUUCUCUGAUUAUGGCAAUUCUCGGGCAGAGGGAAGUACAAAUGCAUUUGCAAAGAAUAACUGUAGGAGUUGCAGUUGCCUCCAAUUAGAUGGAUCAUUGAAAAGAAGUAGCCAACCUUUUAUUGGGAAAAGUAAUUGGGUGCUGCUGAUGUUUGAUUCUCCUAAAAAGCAUGAUGCAGGCAUACAAGGGCUACCAAAAUUGAACCACAUUCAUUGGAAUGGACAAAUUUUGUCAGAAUAUGAUGUUCACGUAUGUAAUAGUUUAUGAACCACCCUCUUAUGGUGCUCAUCAUUUUUCACUGUGUCGCUCUAGUUCAAAUGACCAAGUGAAAACUUCCAUGAAGAAUCCUAAGUGGAUUGAUGAGCUUCAUAAACAGCAGAAAUUCAUUGAAUUGGAUACAGUUAUUCUGGCAAUUAACUGCACAACUGCUGCUAAAAAAAGUUUUGAGAGACAUGUGGUCCCCAGAAGAUCCUCAAGCCAGCUCUCCGUAUUCCCCAUGUUUUUUGUUAUCAUAGGGCAUCUGGUUUCUAAGUUUAUGGCUUCGUUCUCCACUAUGUUCUAUUUUGUUCUUCAGUUUUUUCAAACACAUUUUAAUAAUGAAUCAGAAUCAUGGAUUUAUGUGACAUCUGCAAACGUAUUCAAGAGGACUGCAUGGAUAAAUAUCCAAAUCCGUUGUUCUCAGAUAUUAUAUUGGCCAAUCUUUCUUCAGGAGAAUGACCUCAGGUCACAAUCAUGUGUUGAAUAUGCCGAGAAGGCUGCAAUGCAUAGGCAUUCUAUGUGGUCAACGCUGGUUGUUGAUAUUCUUCUGGGAAAUUUGGUUGGAUGGUCACUUUUUUAUCAUUCAGAUACCAUUUGUUUGUCAGUUUUAAACUUCACCCAUGGGUUUGCCACAUUUUUGCGCUCCGGGUGUGUUUGGUUAAUGGGAAACCCUGCAGGCUUCAAAUUGAAUGGUGAGCUGGCUGGAGUACUUGGCAUGGUUUCAUUGAAUGCAAUCCAAAUAUGGUCAACACUCUGGAUCUUUGUCGGUUUCAUCUUCAAUUAUAUUAUUCGAGGGCUUUCUAUUUUAGGAAUUCUUUGUGGAUUCACUGUACCUGCGGCUUUGGUAGUGGACAUGAUUACAUUUGCAACCUUACAUGUUUCAACUCUUAAUUGGUUGAUUGCACUUGUAUAUUCAUUACAGAUACAAGCAUUAGCAGCCUUGUGGCGGCUUUUCAGGGGUCGGAAGUGGAACCCUCUUCGGCAGAGGUUGGAUAGCUUUGACUACACUGUGAAGCAACAUAUUGUUGGAUCUCUUUUGUUUACACCACUUUUACUUCUGUUACCAACUACUUCUGUCUUCUAUAUAUUCUUUAGUAUCGUUGACACAACCAUUAACCUCAUCUGCAUACUGAUUGAAGUCACUAUUUCGGUAAUUCAUGCUACACCUUAUAUCAAGAUAUUUCUUCGGUUGGUGAAACCAGGACGAUUCCCUUCUGGAAUAUGGCUUGAAAUUUUUGGUUGUGAGAGUAGUAGUACUGUUUCUCCAAAUGCUGAUUUUACUGACAAAAUGACCUCAUCCAAUGAAUCAUGUCAUUUAAAGGAUUUCAAUAGAGAAAAAUCUAGUUUUCUGGUUUCAGUUCUCCACAGCAACUAUUUGAGCAUAGGGAAAGUCGUAUUGCCUCACUACAGAAAUGUAUUUCUGGGAGUUUCUAGGUCAUCGAUCUCGACAGCAGCUUAUGGAAUUCUCAUUGGGCAGAGAAUACCAUCUACAUGCGGAACUCUUCUUCCUUCUCCAAUGCCAUGGAUGUCCCUGCCCUACAAAGAAUAUUGGUGUCUAUGUCAUGAUUCGCUUAUCGCAUGCUUCAGAUGAGAUUACCUGUAGCUCCAUUUUUUGUUUCUUUUCAAUUUUACAAUUUAUCCAACUUGCUUCUAUCUCAUGUUGGCGGCUUUUUCUCUUUUCGACGGGUAAUAUUGAGAAUUCCUCAUAAUAGUUCACUUCAAUUCAUCCCUAAUUCAGUGUUCUAGUGUUCCUGCUCAAGCAUGUUACAGUCGGCAAUUUGUGCUCAAUCCGAUACUGAGAAUGAUGUGUGCUUCAGAAAAAUAGUGUCUUCUUCACUAUUUGUUCUUUUUUCUUACCGUAGCUUCAAAUGAAAAUGAAAGCUUUCGUACUUCUAAUGUAUUAUGUCUAUAAAAAUAGAAAAUGCCAUUAAUGGGAAAUAGAAACUCAUAUCUGUAACUAUCUUAACAUGUUCUACAAGGUUGUGCCAGUUCUUAA